CUGUGUCGGGUCACGGUAACUGCUUUACUUCCUCCCCCUUCUCAUCCUUCCCACAUGUCGACAGAUAUCUAUAGCCUACCAGGUCCCUCAACAAUCUCUCUCCCGCCCUACUCCAAAACUGCCCCGCCGCCGCAUUAUUCCUGCGAGCCUAUACCAGGCGAGCGACGGGUUGAACAUACACCUCGCUCGGGACCCCGUAUCCCGAAUGGGACUUUCAUUAAAAAACGAGGCAGCUUAACUGUCGUUCUGACGGAACAACAGGAUGACAACCCCUCCCCGGCUUACGGUCGCGAAGCCGCUAUACAUGGCGCCUUGCUCCUCGAGAAGGUCGACAUGAUUCUGAGUGUAGAUAUCAAAAUUGAAGGUCGGCUAGACAUGAUGUCUUCGGAAUGUGGCGCAAGGUCACUUGUGACUGUUGACGACACGCAGACCCUGUGGACAUACGACCGAACGAAGAACGAGCCAUGUCCCAGCUCACUAUCCUUUUCUCGGACCCUCCCAUCAAUGUUCAAGGAUAGCGACAAAUCAUAUCCUCUGCCGCCGACUUACAAGGCUUCUUUUCCUGGCACACCAGGGCUACAUGUUAUUUCUGUGUAUACGCUAGUCGUCCGAGUCACUUCUAUCCGCCAUCCUAAAUUUGGCUUUUUCGCCAAGACAAAAACUCUCCGCAUUCCGAUAACCUAUGCCCCACGAACACGGCCAAAUCGUCCAACUCUAUCGAUACCUCUCUUCCACAGCGUGAAGUCUUCUCCUGAAGAGUGGAUGCAGUCACUCACAACGAUGAAAACUAAAAGCCGAGUGGCCAUGGCACCAAUAGAAUCUAACUUAUUUAUACCGUCUGUGCAGAUUUUCUCCUUCUCCGACAUCAUUCCCUUCCAUGUCCAACUCAGCGGCCCUCUAUCUUCCCUGCGCCAACUCUUCCCCCAUGUCCCAUCCUUGUCUUCCUCACAUCAACAAUCAUCUGUAACUGUCACCAUCCUCCGUCAAAUCGCUGUUACGAUCCGAGGUACGCGAGCUUGGAGGAAUGCGACCAUCGGGGAAGGAAAGAUACGCCCAGUGCCACCGGCUUCACAGCCACAGGCUGGCAACUCCCAAGUGGAGAGUCUAGAUUGGGAGGGUGAAGUGCAGUGUUUACCAAGCGUCAAUGUCGGUGGGUUCUCUACCGCGGGCGCCGCAGUGAAAGAUUUCAUUGUCUUGUCGCUGACUCCGCCUACGAACUCGCCUUUCCUUCCUACAAUCAACUCUAUUCCUAUACGCUUGGUGACAGAUAGUUGGAUUGAUACUCAUGAUCGAACAUAUUCGUGA